UCGGAUCAAGCCAAGGCCGAGGCCGGACAGUUCGACACCUCUAAUUCAUCCAGACUGAGCUCGAGGCGUGCGCACUCCGGACACUUGGACGCCUCUUUGUGUUAGCAGAAUACACCCAUGCCAUAGCCACCCCUGCUAGUCACUCUAAUCUCACCCAAUGGUUUUCAUAAUUGAAGAUAUACUCUGACCUCACAACUCUAUCUUCUCCUUUUUUCCUUUUUUGUACCAUAAGAAGCCCGAGGACCAGAAGCAGGAGAAGGAGAAGGAGAAGGAGAAGCAGAAGAAUGAUUGGGCUACAACGAUUGCGUGAUAUCUGAAAGCACAUCCAACUUCCUUUCUGGGUUCAGUUUGCUUGAUGACGAGAUCAUGUGCCAGACAAUUUAUCUGAAUCUGUUGUUGCAGCAACUGUCUUGAAGAGCAACGUAACUAAACAUGAGCAACUCCCAGCAAGAAGCAUCGCUGGACGCCUUCGAGGUGAGGAGCCAGGUGGCUUCCAGCCUCGGCAUCCAUGACUCUCCUUCCCCGCCUCUAGCUACAUGCAAGGAGGACGCCCCCCUCUCCCUCGAUCUCUCCCUCACGAUCAGCAACCCCGACUCAGUGACCGUCCACCAGACCAUAGCGAGCACCAGCCAGAGCAGCAGCAGCGAGUCGCAGGCCGCUCGUGGGCCUAAUUCGCAGAGAGUCUUCUCCUGCAACUACUGCAAGCGCAAGUUCUUUAGCUCUCAGGCCCUGGGCGGCCACCAGAACGCCCACAAGAGGGAGCGCUCGCUCGCCAAGCGCAUCGUUCGGAUAGAUUCCCUCCCCUACGCUUACGCCAGCAUCGCCUCGCUGCCCCUCUACGGCUCUGCGAUCCACUCGUUGGGAAUUCAAGCUCACUCCUCCAUGCAUCAAGGAGCGGCGAAGUGGAAGGAGAGCAAUGGGAGCAGAAUGGAGGGGAGAGGCUUGAUGGAGCCAAUCAGGCCAGUGUUCGUGGAAGAUGCGGAGGUGGAUUUUUGCUGGCCUGGGAGCUUCAGACCAAUGGUAAACGCAAGCUGUGAUAUAAUUAGGAGUUCAGAUUUGCUGACUUCAGUUGAUCACCAGCAUCGGCAAGCAGGAGGGGAGGAGGAGGAGGAGGAGGAGGAGGAGGAGCCUGAUCUCACCCUCAGGCUCUAACUCAUGGAUAAUUUGCGAUCCUUUCAAGUUGUUAUAAGACAUUCUUUUCUUUUUUUCUCUCGAUGCAGUGCACAAUUUUGAGCAUAUGUACUGGCUGUACAGAAUUAAAGUAUGCCAUGUGUUGUUAGUUAGCUGCAUUUUUUUAAAGAAUAUAUGUUAUUAACUA